AUGCCAUCAAGAAAUUCUUUGGAUUUUGAUAAAUUAUAUAAAAUUCGUCCUAUGAUAACGCAUUUGAAAGAUAUUUAUCAAUCUGUAUAUUGCCCAUCAAGAUACUUGGCAGUCGAUGAAAGCAUGGUAGCAUAUAAGGGACGUUCCACUAUGAAACAAUAUAUGCCCAUGAAACCUAUUAAAAGGGGUUUCAAAAUAUGGGCAUUGGCUGAUUCUUAUAGUGGUUUUUUACUGAAUCUUGAUAUAUACACUGGAAAAAAAUCAAAUGGAAUACCUGAAGUAAACAAAAAGUAUUAUCCAAAACACCUUAUGAAAAAUGAUGGUAAAUAUACUUCUGGUGACAUUGAAUAUGCCCAAAGUGAAGAUAUUGGUAUUAUGCGAUGGAAGGAUAGAGGAAGUAAACCAGUGACACUUGUUAGCAACAUGCAUAACUCUUCAGAUACAUCUACAGUACUGAGAAAAAAUGGUAAAGGGGAAAGGAUUCAAGUAAAGUGCCCUACUGGAAUAUCAGAUUAUAAUAAAUACAUGGGAGGAGUUGACAAAUUUGAUCAAUAUAUGUCUCCAUACUCAAUUUCUCAAAAGUCGAGGAAGUGGUGGAUUAAACUUUUUUAUUAUAUGGUUGAUACUGCUAUUGUUAAUUCUUAUAUUUUAUAUAAAGAAAGUUGCAACAAGAAUAAAAAAAAGUACAUUACACAUUUAGAGUUUCGAUCGAGAUUAACGGAUGAGCUUAUUGGGAAUUUCUCAUGCAGGAAAAAGAAUACAUCUUCCCCCCACGAACAAAGAUAUAAAAAAAAACAAAAACUUUCCAUCGCUCAUGAUUUUACAGCUGGAGUUAAUCAUAUGCCAAAAUUCAUAGAUAAAUAUAGAAGAUGCAAAAUGUGUAGCACUAAAGCAAAAGAAAAAAGAUCCAAUAUGAUUUGUUCUACAUGCGACAUAACACUAUGCAAACAAUGUUUUGUACCAUAUCACAAACCUACCUAA